AUGAAGCGCAAGGCGGAAGCGCAGGCCGCAGGGCAGAAGGCCAGCAAGAAGAAGACAAAGGCUUCCUUGAGCGACACAGAGGCGGCCUCCAGGUUUCGGAAGGGCCUGUUCAGCCAUGCCGAUAACUACGAAAAGGAAUACGCCGAGUCCGCGCCCUACAAGCACUGCGUUAUCCACCAAUUGGUCGACGACAAGCUGCUGCGCUCUGUCCGCGACGAGAUCAAGGACAAUGUCUCCUUCACGCCCAAGGAGACCGACAUCUACAAGAUACACCAGUCCGGAGACUUGGCCAACCUUGAUGGUUUGGACGACGAGGCCCUGUCCAAGCUGCCCUCGCUGCUCGCCCUCCGAGAUGCCAUGUAUUCGCAGAAGUUCCGGGACUACGUUGCCCACAUCACAGGCUGCGGACCCCUGAGCGGGAGAAAAACGGACAUGGCAAUCAACGUCUACACCCCGGGCUCCUACCUCCUCUGCCACGACGACGUGAUCGGCAGCAGGAAAGUCAGCUACAUCCUGUAUCUCACGGACCCAGAAAUACCGUGGAAGCCGGAAUGGGGAGGCGCAUUGAGACUGUUUCCUGUGCGCGACAGGGAGGGCAAGGACGGGAAGAAGGCCAAGACGCCUGAGGCAGAUGUGUCUAAAGUCAUUCCGCCAGCUUGGAACCAGCUCAGCUUCUUUGCCGUGCAGCCAGGGGAGAGCUUUCACGAUGUUGAGGAAGUCUACCACGCCCAGAACGAGAAGCAGCUCAAGAAAGAGGGCGGCAGAGUACGAAUGGCCAUUAGCGGGUGGUUCCACAUCCCGCAGAUCGGCGAGGCAGGCUAUGUCAAGGGCGCGGAGGAAGAAAACGCGAAGAACAGCAGCUUGAUGCAGCUUCAAGGGAAUCCGGACCAAUACGACACCCCCCAGCCCGCACCCAUCGCUGUAGAAAAGCCGAAAUCGGAUUCCCAAGAAACCUUCGAUGAAGGCGACCUCGAGUUCUUGCUCAAGUACAUGGCGCCUACGUAUCUGACGCCAGAUACCUUGGAGCAAGUCCAGGAGCACUUCGACGAGGCGUCCAGCAUUACCUUGCCAGAUCUCCUGAACAAGAAGUUCGGCAAGCGGUUACAAGAAUACGUCACGGAACAAGACAAAAAAGCUCUACCUGAGAACAGUGCCGAGAUUGAGAAAGGGUCCUGGAAAGUGGCCAAGCCGCCACACAAGCACCGCUACCUGUACAUGCAACCAACCAAGACGAAGCAGGGCAAGAAGGGCAAGGCCAAGGAGGAAGCCUCGCCAAUUCAGGAGCUUCUCGAUGACUUCUUGCCCAGCCCACAGUUCCGUCGCUGGCUGCAGAUGGCGACAAGCAGCGUGAUCGAGAGCCAAGACGUUAUAGCGCGGCGCUUCCGCAAGGGCAAGGACUACACUCUGGCCACCGGCCACGAGGGUAAGCCGCGCCUCGAGCUGAACCUGGGCAUUACGCCAACCUCGGGUUGGGGUGAUGACAACGAUGAAGCCGAGGAGGAAGAGGAAGAAGAGGCCCCCAAGACCAACGGAAAGGGCAAGGGCAAAGCCAAGGCGAAGAAGGCUGAAGAGCCGGAAGUGCCCGAGGAGGUCGGAGGCCACGAGGUCUACAUGGCCGGAGACGACGACACGGCCGAGGAUGCCGCCGUCUACAAGUCCAGCGGCGACGAGGACAACAUCCUCUUCUUCCAGGCCGCGGCGUGGAACAAGCUGACCAUCGUCCUGCGCGACAGCGGCACUCUUAAGUUCGUCAAGUACGUCAGCCGCAAGGCGCCCGGCGACCGGUGGGACAUCUGCGGCACGUACGAGAUCGAGGAGCAGGAUGACGAGGACGAGGAGGCAGAAGAGGACGCCAACGCCAAGCUGCUCGCCGAGGAUACGGAGGAGGAGUGGAAUGGAUUCUCGAGUUCUAGCGAAGACAGCGACUCGGAUUAG